AUGGCCGUCCUCUCCGCCCCCUCCAGCCGCAGCAGGAGCAACUCACCCACCGACCCCCUCGCCAUCAUCCAAGCCGCCCUCGCCAACGGCCAAGGCCCCCAACUCAUCGAGCUCCUCGCCACCCAACUCAAAGCCAACCAAUUCAUCGGCCAACCCAUCGCGAUCCCCCACGACUUCGACCUCUCCCACGGCAGCCAAGAGGCCAUGUACGUGACAUUCCGCCAUGGACCGCGCAAGGAGCUGGUGUUCAAGAUUGGGCCGGACACGAUCAUGAAACAUGCGAUUGAUUGGUGUUUGGAGACUUGGAGAAACGAUUGGGGGGGGAGGUUCAUGGCUUGGGAUCUGUUCUUCUACUUGCCGGAUAAUAUGAGGAUUGAUUACUAUAAGCCUUUGACGGCGAGGCAGCUGGGGAUUGAGAACCAUGACUUGAUUGAUGUGUUCAGUGCGUCGCACGGUGGAUAG